GCCUCUUCCCUCCUCCCGGAAUCCAAUCAGCUGUAAAAUUGGAACGGAACUGGGUCCAAACAAUGCCCGACCCGACAUUCUUUUCUCCCCUCGUUUUCUCGGGAAAGAACGAGCGAGAAAAUUUUCACGACGAAGUUGAAUUUCGGUUAAACCCAUCCAGGUUCCUUUUUAUUUAUUUAUUUUUCCCUUCGGCGUAAUUUCUGUGUAUCGGAAUCCCGCGCAAUUUCUACCUCCCGACUGCCCAGCCAAUUGCCUUUUCCUUCUAGGGCAGACUGUUUCUGCUGUGUUCCUCGUACCCUAAUUUUUGAAUCUUUGUAUCAAGACCCAACAAUUUCCGACGAUAAUAGUACUCUUAGAUGGAGGAAGAGAAGGUUCCUCUAGGCGGAGACGGCGGCGAUUCGUCGAGGACUUCUUCCUCUUUUGUGAAAAAGGGGGACCGGCAAAUGUUCACGGUGGAGCUCCGGCCCGCGGAGACUACUAUAGUCUCGUGGAAGAAGCUGAUGAAAGACUCUAACAAGGUUAAUGCAUCCACUUUGGGUCCCGAAUAUCUAACCUCUGCACACCCCGCCCUGGAAUCCAGAAUCGCUCCCGGACAACCUACUGAAAAUGAAGCAAAAGAUGGUGCUUUUCCACAUCGGUUCAGUGCUGUAAUAGAGAAGAUUGAACGCCUUUACAUGGGCAAGGAUAGCAGCGAUGAGGAUGAUCUACUUGACAUUCCAGAUGAUGAUCAAUAUGAUACAGAAGACUCUUUCAUUGACGAUGCUGAGCUGGAUGAAUAUUUUGAAGUCGAUAAUUCUGCAAUCAAACAUGAUGGUUUCUUUGUGAACAGGGGAAAGUUGGAACGCAUAAAUGAGCCUCUGGUAUUACCAAACCAGCAACCAAAAAAAAGGCGGAGAAAAGAUAUAUUGAAGAAUCCUGGUGAAAGUUAUAAUGGUCAAGAAUCAAAUAAACAUGGAAGAGUGGGCAAGACUGCAGCUGGAAAGGCAGCAUCGUUACCAGUUAAAAAGACGUUGAAUUCCUCACAGAACUUGCCCGUAUCUAUUGAACACUAUGAUGAUGUGAAAUUUCAGAAUCAACUGGUAUCCUGUUCAAACAAGAAUAUUGCUGAUACUAAACCAGUAUCAGAUCCUGCUGUCUCUUUGAAUGUAUCAAAUGAUGAUGCUCCUCCAACAAUGAUAGAAGCAAAAAAUAUUGAUAAGCAGAAUGUAGGAAAUUUUCAAUCCAGGAAUGCAAAUGACAAGUACGAAGAUGCCAGUGGAUCAUUUGAUGCUUGUCAAAAGAAAUACCAUGAAAAAAGUUCCUAUGUUCAUUCCAAAUCCCAACCUGGAAGACCUACAAGUAGUAUUGAUGGUGUGGAGAACAGAGUUCAGUCAAAAGAAAAAAAUGGCAUAUGUGAACUGCCAGAUCUUAACUUGUCUGAGGGAAGGACUGCCAUGCAAGCAACGAAAUUGCCAUACACGCACAAGAAAGAAGGUUCUAGUGUCAGGCCAAAAACUUCAAUGCUUGAAAAGGCUAUUAGAGAGUUAGAGAGGAUGGUUGCAGAAUCAAGACCACCUGCAAUGGAAAACCAUGAGGCUGAUACCGCGUCGCAGGCAGUCAAAAGGAGAUUGCCUAGAGAAAUAAAGCUAAAGCUUUCUAAAGUAGCUAGAUUAGCGCAGGCAAGCCAUGGGAAGGUAUCAAAGGAGUUGAUUAAUCGUCUUAUGAGUAUUCUUGGACACCUGAUUCAGCUCAGAACAUUAAAGAGACACCUAAAAAUCAUGAUCAGUAUGGGUCUGUCAGCAAAGCAGGAAAAAGAUGCUAGGUUUCAAAGCAUAAAGAAGGAGGUUGUUGAGAUGAUUAAGAUGCAGGUCCCAUCUCAGGAACCUAAGCAGCAGCAACAAGCCUCAGCUUCCGGUGACUUUCAAGAAUUUGGCCCUGAUAGAAAAGCAUCAGAGAAAAGGAUGGAUGCUGCAUUGGAGGACAAGAUUUGUGAUCUCUAUGACCUUUUUGUUGAUGGAUUGGAUGAUGAUGCAGGCCCACAAAUCCGAAAAUUGUAUGCUGAGCUUGCGGAAUUAUGGCCGAAUGGUUACAUGGACAACCGGGGAAUUAAAAAAGCAAUCUGCAGGGCAAAAGAGAGGCGCAAAACAUUGUAUAUGAGGCAGAAGGAUCAUGAAAAAGUUAAGAGUAAAAAGAUGUUGGCGUCUCAGCAGGAGACUGUUCGAUUUGAUCCUAGUUCAGUUACCUCACGACAGAACAUGCGGGAGAGAUUAACACCAGAAUCUAGCACUUAUGCAUUUACCUCGAUGAACAAGCCAAUUUCUAAUACAAUUACCACGGUUGGGGGCCCCAGUUCGCUGGGUAAUGGUCCAAAACAGGAGAAAGUGAAGGGAAUUUCAAUCAAUCUGGAAGAUGUUAGGGUUGCAGACGGUCUUUUAACAAAGAAGAUGAAGAGGAAACCAGAGUUGGAGUUUGAAGGAACUGAGUCUCGUCCCGAGAAGCUUGCUUCUAUGCAGGGAGAAGAGAGGCCCAAGUCUUCAAAGCAGUCUGCAAGUCUUUCCCACAAGUCAAAUAUUCAGCCAACGUCGUUUCCCGGCCUGGAACAGUCAAGUUAACUUGGUAUCAGUAUCAGCAACGUAGAUUUAUCUCGUUUUCAUUUGUUUUUCAUCAUAUUUUUUCCCCUACAAUCCCCAUCCUAAAAUCGAAUUCUGGCUACUAAUUGUAGCCAUUUUUGUAAUUAAAUGUCCUUGCAAGGCCUUUGGAAAUAUGAGAUUUGUUGGUAAUAUAGAGCAGCAAGCUGGUCUAUACGGAAACUGAGCUACAUUGUGUCUCUGCUCUUCUAUUAAGAAUUUGAGAUGCAGUUUGUAGGAUAUUCUCGCGAACUGGUUUCAUUAGUGUACACAGUUACUUUUUA